AUGAUCCAAAACUUCGCAGAUUACCUGGGCGACUACCGGGGCGACGUUCAUUGGGAAACACUGCACGACUGCUUGAAGACGUGCGACUACAGAGGCAUGCCCGAGCAUGUCUCCCUGAAGAUGGAGCCACCUGGCAAGUACACUAUGCCAGCCUUCGUCGUCAAGAAGUCCGCCGACUCGUGCCUGCGGACGUGCCACGGCACUGACCUGAUAUGGCGCUAUGGCAACCAGUAUAGGAGUGGCCGCCUGGCCGUGCAGUGCAUGCUGGAGAAGCUGCAGGGCUACCAGUUGCGCUACCGCACUGUGGUCCCUAAACCUGGCGAGGGGCCGUCUAGGAAGACGGCCGAGUGGGAGCUCAAGGCAGCGGGGCACAAGGUCAUACAUGCGACGGGGCCGCACGCCAAUAAUGCGAACCCGUUCGUGGAGUUCGCGGGUCGGGAGAGCGCUCGGCCAGAAUCUCCCGUCUUCGGAUGGGAGGAGAGCCGCAUCGAGAGAGCGCUGAACAACUACGACAGGGGCAGGACAAACGCCAAGGGCCUCAUGAUUUGGGUCUUGACGCUUCGCGACUUCGAAUCCUGGUUCCUCAACAACGUGAUCAAGCGCAUCCUGGCUUCCACCCUCAGGAGCUUCGGCGUGGCGUGGAUUGGCAAGACGCGCGUCGGGAAGCGCGCUGGGUCUAAGUCAUGA